CUUUCAGUCUCCUAGUGUGAGUGACGCCAAUUUUACUGAGUAGCAGUAAAUCUAUAGCAAACAGCCCAAAAAUGAAUAUGGCCAUGGACGCCAUGCAUGGCUUUGGGGUGACCUCCACGCAUUACCUGCAGACCCAUUAUAAGGACGCCCAGGGCUGGUUCCUCUUUGUGUCGUUCGCCGCCGACCUCAGGAACACCUUCUUUGUCUUCUUCCCCAUCUGGUUUCACCUGCGGGAGUCUGUGGGCAUCAAGCUCAUCUGGGUGGCUGUGAUUGGGGACUGGCUCAACCUGGUCUUCAAGUGGAUCCUGUUUGGUGAACGGCCUUAUUGGUGGGUCCAUGAAACCCCCUUUUACAGUAAUGGCUCAGCACCUCACAUUGAGCAGUUCCCCAUGACAUGUGAGACAGGUCCAGGUAGCCCAUCUGGUCAUGCCAUGGGAGCAGCAGGUGUCUACUACGCCAUGGUCACUUCGAUAAUUGCCAUCCUGAUGAAGAGCAAGGGGAUGUCCAACUCCAUCAACUGGUGUGUGAAGGGCACACUUUGGACCUUCUUCUGGGGAGUCCAGGUCUGCGUCUGUCUGUCCAGGGUGUUCAUCGCCGCCCACUUCCCCCACCAGGUCGUUGCUGGGGUUAUCACAGGUAUGAUUGUGGCUGAGGCCUUCUCCAGAGUGCAGUGGAUCUACAGCGCCAGUCUGAAGAAGUACUUCUUCAUCACCCUCUUCCUGCUCUCCUUCGCUGUGGGGUUCUACCUGCUGCUGAAGGCGCUGGGCGUAGAUCUGCUCUGGACCCUGGAGAAAGCUAAGAAGUGGUGCGUCCGUUCUGAGUGGGUCCACAUGGAUACCACACCCUUCGCCAGCCUGUUGCGCAACAUGGGCACUUUCUUUGGACUUGGGCUGGGCCUGCACUCACCCCUGUACACUGAGAGCAAAAAGAGCACCAGCGCCCCCUUCAGGGGUGGCUGUAUCAUCGCCUCCCUGGUACUGCUGCACCUGUUUGACUCCUUCAAGCCCCCCACCCACACUGCGGCCCUGUUCUACCUGCUGUCUUUCUGCAAGAGUGCCACCGUUCCCCUGGCUACCGUCAGCAUCAUCCCCUAUUGCGUAGCAGGGGCUCUGAGCGCCAACAGCAAGAAGCAGCUCUGAGCAGAGGACUCACACAGACUGAUUAUCUGAGGUCCUGCAAAGGAGCUUAUCUGCAAGUCAUCUUAAAGCACUGAAUGGUUUUCGCAGGUGCUUCAACUUCACAACAUUUCAAUAAUGUCCAUACUUCCAGAACCCAAGAGCUCAGCUCAGGAACAAUAGUGGCGACUUAAGCUAGGAACUGAAAGCCCAGUCAACACUUUGGAAGAUCUGGGAAAGUUCAUCAUUGACUACAGACCUGAAUUUUCCUCUUAUGCCUCUCACAAAUGACAGGAAAAACCAACCUCGGAUCCCUGAUUGUCUGACAUCAUCCAGUACUGUCUGUAUAUGUCCUGACCAAUAUGUGAGCUGUUUUCAUUAAGAAUUCUGGACUCAGAAAAGCUACUGUGGAUCAGAUUCAUCAUCUCUCAUUUCAUUACAACCGAUGAAUUCCAGUGGCGAUUCUAGUUUAUACUGUAGUGUAUACUAUAUUUCUUCCAAAAUGUGAGCCACACACUGGGGCUUGUUUAAUUUAUUGAUCUUUUAAAAAGAAAAAACAACAUAUUGUUGGAUUUUGUAAUGCGUAGACAUUAUGACUGCAGUUUAACUGUUGUGAUCGCACUGAAUGUCAAUUAGAUCGGCCUCCUCCAUUGUUUAAGAGUCCAUAGGAUCCCGAGUGAAAGCACUGGCACAGCAGUGACAGUGAUAGUGAAUAUUGUGGUCCUUGGGUAUAGAUUACUCAUAAAGAGUCCAAUGCGUCAUGGCACAAACCCCAUUGGAAAGAAUGGAAGGGUCCUGACCUGCCACCACACAACAUGAAGCUGUGUAAAAGCUGAACUUCUUAAUGUCUUAAGAGCCACUUGACAUUGUUCAAAACUGUUCAAAAUUGUGGGGUGUUCCCUCAUUUAAAAAAAGAUGUUUAUUCUGUCAUAUUCUAUUUUUGAAUUAUUCCAGGCUAUUUAUAAUAAAAUAAUUUUUAGAA